CAAUUGUUAAUUUUCAAAUUCUGCGCACAAACCCUUGCUAGUAUAAGUUUAUUUCAUUGAAUAUACUCUAAUAAAAUCUAGUUGUAAGUGAAAAUAGCAUUAAGCUUCAACACACGUCCAGGAAUGUUUUUUCAAAAAUGUUGAACAAUGACAUUAAGUCCAAAUGAAAACGAUGGCAGCAUCUUGGACUUCCAAUUUUCCAUGCCCAUAUUUUUCCUUUCUUCUUUGUUUUUUAUUCAAUACAAUUUUUCGUAUCGAAUAAUUCAUAUAUCUCAUGAAGUCAAAUUUUUCAAUAGUAACACUUGAGUAAUGGGCCUACCAACUUUUUACCAAUACAGAUAUAUUUUCUUAAUACACUUUUUUACUUUGUACUGUUUUGCCUCAAAAAAGAGAACACUUUUUUUCUGUGUAUAUAAAUCUGCAUUCCACUCUCAGUUUAUCUUCAUCCACAAGAACCAGACAGUUCUUCAACAAAGGCAUUAAACAUAACCCAUACAAUUUCCCUUAUAGCUUCUGUCUUUACCUUCUAAAGGCCAACUCUUUCAAACACUUACUUUGCAUGUAACUUCAUACUUUGAAGUAUUGAACAUACAAACAAAAAACAGAGCAAAAAAAACAAAAAAUGGUUCAACUCCACCAAACAGUUCUCGCCGUCGAUAUGCCACAAACCGGCGGCUCUAAGUACUUGGACGACGACGGAAAAGUCAAAAGAACUGGGAGUGUUUGGACGGCGAGUGCACACAUAAUAACGGCCGUGAUAGGUUCGGGAGUUUUGUCACUGGCGUGGGCUACGGCGCAGCUAGGUUGGCUCGCCGGACCAGUGGUGAUGUUGCUCUUCUCUGCAGUCACUUAUUUCACUUCUUCUCUUCUUGCGGCAUGUUACCGCUCUGGCAACCCUAUCUCCGGCAAGAGGAACUACACUUAUAUGGAUGCUGUCCGAUCUAAUCUCGGUGGCGUGAAGGUGACGCUAUGUGGGAUUGUUCAGUAUCUUAAUAUCUUUGGCGUUGCAAUUGGCUACACAAUUGCUUCAGCUAUAAGCAUGAUGGCAAUAAAGAGAUCAAACUGUUUCCACAAGAGUGGAGGGAAAGAUCCGUGUCACAUGAACAGUAAUCCUUACAUGAUAGCUUUUGGAUUAGUCCAGAUUCUAUUCUCUCAGAUUCCAGAUUUUGAUCAACUUUGGUGGCUCUCAAUCCUCGCCGCUGUAAUGUCCUUCACUUAUUCCUCUGCCGGUCUCGCCCUAGGCAUAGCCCAAGUUGUUGUAAAUGGGAAGGUGAAGGGAAGUCUCACUGGGAUUAGCAUAGGAGCAGUAACAGAGACACAGAAGAUAUGGAGAACCUUCCAAGCUCUUGGAGACAUUGCUUUUGCUUACUCUUACUCCAUCAUUCUCAUCGAGAUUCAGGACACAGUGAAGUCACCACCAUCAGAAGAGAAAACGAUGAAGAAGCCAACACUUGUGAGCGUCAGUGUAACGACUAUGUUCUACAUGUUGUGUGGAUGUAUGGGUUAUGCAGCCUUUGGAGACCUAUCUCCGGGAAAUCUCUUAACCGGUUUCGGGUUUUAUAAUCCUUAUUGGCUUCUUGACAUUGCAAAUGCAGCCAUUGUGAUUCACCUUAUUGGUGCAUACCAAGUCUAUUGCCAACCUCUGUUCGCCUUCAUCGAGAAGCAAGCUUCCAUUCGAUUCCCUGAUAGUGAGUUCAUUGCAAGAGAUAUCAAAAUUCCAAUUCCAGGUUUCAAGCAUCUCCACUUGAAUGUCUUCAGGUUGAUAUGGAGGACAGUGUUUGUGAUCAUAACGACAGUUAUCUCAAUGCUUCUUCCGUUUUUCAACGACGUUGUGGGUCUGCUCGGGGCACUAGGGUUUUGGCCAUUGACGGUGUAUUUCCCAGUGGAAAUGUACAUUGCGCAGAAGAAGAUACCUAGAUGGAGCACCAGAUGGGUUUGCCUUCAAGUCUUCAGCUCAGGGUGUUUAGUAAUUAGCAUUGCUGCAGCUGCAGGGUCCAUAGCUGGAGUACUUCUUGAUCUAAAGUCCUACAAGCCAUUUCGAAGCGAAUACUGAUCAGCUUGAGACUUAACCAUUUCGAAGCGAUGACUGAGUCAGUUUUAAACACAAACAAUAUAUCAAAAACGGUCAAGAGAACCAAUAACCAUGAAUUUGGGAAUUUUAAUCAGCUUGUUUUUGAUAUAGAUAAAAGCAAUAAUGCUGUUAGUUCUUCUCUGUACCCUGAAGGCAAGAAUUGUAGUCCUAAUGAGUAAAUCUUCGAUUAAUUGUCAUGUGCUGCAAAAGAAUCAUGAACUGGCAGCAUAAUAGUAUAUUACCAAUAGAAGAGCUUUGACAAACAGCCAUUGUGGUAAAA